CAGUCCUGCCUGGGAACUCCAUGCUAGCAUGGCCCUGAAAUUUCUGGCUCUGAGAUUUCUGCUGGCCCUUGUGUUUUUGGUGGCAGCACAGGGCCAGGAAGAACCUGAUCUCAAGGUCCAAGGAGUGCCCUGGGAAACCGAAAUGUGCCAAAGGCCCCGGUGGGACUCAAGACUCCAGCUGGCACCAGAGAAGGACAAUUACAAGAAGAACGAAGAAGUGAUGCUGAGUUGCAUUGAUGGUUUGCAGCCACCCUUCACCAAAAUCAAAUGUUCAAGACAAGCCCAGUCUAUCAGUCAUGGGAAACCCAUAUACAGAGAAGUUUGGCUUAGAAAGGACAGCAGAGGUCUCUGGACCCGUAUUCAUUCCAGAGUGGAAUGCUUAGAGGUAUUCCAGGUUGUCCCCGGCACCUGGGAGAUUUCCAGCACCAGCAUCAAAGUGAACUGGACCUGUGGGCUCCCCGGCGCCUGCCAGAACAUGCAGGCCAUGUGCCGCCUGGCAGAGCCUUCCUCCGCUCCCUGUGAGGCUGACGAGGUGGAGGGAGAGCAAAUUCUACAAGGCCAGGAGGGAACAUUUUCCUGUCCUCUUCUCCAGCCCUUCACUGACUACACUAUCACCAUCACCCUGCCCCCCAGCACCAUCCUUUUUGCAUGGCUGAUCAGGACAGAGGGAACAGUGCCAGAUAAACCAGGGGAGCCGUGGCUGGAUCCCAACACGAGUUCCCUCAGGUGGAAGGCGCUGCCCUCCUGCAGAGGGGAGAUCCUUGGAAUCCAGCUGAACAUCACGAGCUGGAGCACGCAGGAUGGUGGCCUCCUGGAGAUGGAGCGGCUGCGGCUGAGUGGCUCUGCCACCGAGCACUCGGUGCCUCAGCACGGCGCUGGCAGCAGCUACGUGGUGACGAUGCGGGGAGUCACGGCCGCCGGAGCUGGCGCCGCGUCUCGGUGGACUUUUCACACCAACACCUCGGACUCUCCACAGCCUCCCAGCGUCAGCUGCCGCCGCGUCCGUGACAUCUCCCCGUCCCAAGGCACAGCUGUGCUUCCCCUCCGCCCCAUCGCCCGUCCCGAGGCGACGACGAGCUGCAGCAUUCAGCAUCUGUGGGUGGGAGGCCUUUGCCUGCAGGGUGAGCAGUGGGGCAGGAGUGGCCUGAGCUCUGCCUCCCAUCUCCUCCAACAGGCGGAGAAGUUCACCUGCAUCUGCUACAGCUUCUCUGUUGUUGAAGUGCAACCUCUGGGUUCAUGGAGUGGGACUGUGAUUGGAGUGGUUGUGCUAUUGGCACUCCUCAUGUCUGCUGUGAUCCUGUGGUUUUUGCUUUCCAGGAAAAUAUCUUCCAAGAAAAGCUAA